GAAAUGCAAAUCUGCUGAGGGUGGGGUCAGUUCCUGGGAGGGAGCAGGCAAGGGUGCAGGUCUGGGGAUUCCCUUCCGGCUUGCCCUCCUUCCCCACCCGACACCGUCCACGGUGAGGCGUGCGGAUCAGGAAGCAGUUCCAUUCCUUCCGCCUGCCACCCUGCAAACCUCAGGGACUGGAAUGAGCGCUUGCCACCAGCAGUCUAGACCCGUCUAGGAGCCGGUUGUCGGGGGAAAUGGACUCGAUGACCUUCGAAGAUGUGGCUGUGAACUUCACCCGGGAGGAGUGGGCCCUGCUGGACGCCGCACAGAGGCAGCUCUACAGAGAUGUGAUCCUGGAGACCUGUGGUCACCUGGCCUGUGUGGAUUGGGCGACUCGACAUCAAACCAAAGACUCAACCCCUCAGCAGAACAACCUUGCUAAAAGGACGUUUCAGGAAGUGAACACAGCACAUCUGGCGAGCAGCAGUUCCCGACUCUCCGAUCUCAGAGAAGACUGGAUGGCCCAUAGAAUAGAGGUGCCGGGCAAGCAGAGAGGGCGAACAUUGAAACAAGUUGCAGCUGCCCACGAGAAAGAUGCCUCUCCCAUUGGAUUCUGGGAAUAUCCCAAAAUGAGGGACAUCUCUAACCCUGGCCAGAAGAUUGUGCCAUCACAGGGAGAUUCCACAAGAAAACAUAACCCAAGACGUAACUCAGACAUCUUGAAACAAAUUCUCCUCUUACACAGUAAUCAAAAAAUCUUUACAAACAAUGAAGAUGACCAAGUCAAGUGGCAGGAAAUGCCAUGUAUUCCACAUGCAAGAACUCAAACAGAGCUGAAAUCAAAGGCGUGGAUGGAUCAUCAGAAUGACCUGCUUCAUUUGCAGGCUGAAAUGUACAUGGGCGUGAGCAUCCACAAAUACUGUCCACGUGGGAAAGCCUUAGGGGGAGACAUCUCCCUUAGGACACGAGGGAUGCCCCUGAAAGAGAAACCUCGCCAUUCUCAUCAGUGUGAAAACACCUUCCUAAAGAACUCUCUCCCUGCCGGGCAGACGCAACCUUAUGAGGCAGAGACAAAUAAUGAGAAUAAUCAAAGUGGGAAGACAUUUGUCCCUGUUCAGAGUUCCGAUUCACACAGGAGAACGUCGAUGGGAGUGAAAAGCUAUAAGUGCGGGGACUGUAGGAAGGCCUUCGUGUAUCAGUCGUUCCUUAUGAAACACAUGGAAAUUCACACGGGAGAGAAGCCCUACGCAUGUGAGAAUUGUGGGAAAACCUUCAGAUAUAUCUUACACCUUAAUAAACAUAUGAGAAAUCACAACCUGAAGACCUUUGAAUGUCCGGAAUGUGGGAAAAGCUUCAACAAGUCCUCAAGGCUUAAGGCACAUGUUAGGAUUCACACUGGAGAGAAACCCUAUAAGUGUCAGGAAUGUGGGAAAACCUUCGAUAAGUCCACAAAGCUUCAGAAACAUACUAGGAUUCACACUGGAGAGAAACCCUAUAAAUGUAAGGAAUGUGGGAAAAGCUACACUUAUUCUUCAAGUCUUAAAACCCACCUGAAGAGGGUCUGCAGAUGAAAGGAAUGGGGAGAAGCCUUCAUUCAUUUUCUCAAAGUACUGAGUGCAGAAGGAGGAUGUUGAUGGAAGGGAGCUCAGUGAAUAAACAAAGAUGGAAACGUCUUCUCUGAACUCUCAGAUCUUACAGAGAUGUAAGAUUUCACACUUUUAUUUUUUUAAGGGGAAUAUGGGGAAGCCCUCAGUGUCUCAAAUGUACAGUUCCUGUAAAGACACACUGCAGGACUUCCCUGGCAGUCCAGUGGGUAAGACACCACCCUCCCACUGCCGAGGUUUGAUCCCUGGUGGGGCAACUAAGAUCCCACAUGCCAUGUAGCAGGGCCAAAAAAGUAAAAAAACUCACACUGCCGAGGCAUCAUAUGGGAUUAAGGAAUGUGGGCACACCUUACAUAUUCAUCCCUCACUUUACACAUGAGACCAAACCCUGGAGAGAGACCUCUUAUCAGUAAUAGAUUUGAGAAAGCCUUUAUUUCCCUCUCUUCACAUGCAGGGCACAAAUGAGUCUUAAGCUCAGUCGUGUCUGACUCUGCGACCCCCAUGGACUGUAGCCCUCCAGGCUCCUCUGUCCAUGGAAUCAUCCAGGCAAGAGUACUGGAAUAGGUUGUCAUUUCCUUCUCAAGGGGAUCUUCCCAACCCAGGGAUCAAACCUGCGUCUCCUGCGUUGCAGGCAGAUUCUUUACCAGUGAGCCACCGGGGAAGCCCCUAAUAGUAGGAGAGAAACAGGGUAGAUGUUCUGAUCACUAGCAUUAUCCAUGUCUCUUCCUUCCAUUGGAACCAAAAUUCUGUAUUUGCCACCGUUUCUGAUAAAACCCCACAAGAAUGCUGAUUACCCCACUGCGGAUCCUUUCAGCUCUGCCACGUGAGUUUUGAGCUGUAGGAGCUUCAUAACAUUUCACUGAUGCGUCACUGCACCCGUGUGAAUCACUGUUUGAGCUACGUUUAAUUUAGACUCAGGUUUGCUGUGCUCCGUGAUGCCAUUUCUGUCCAUUGAUUUGACUGCAUUAUGGUCAGAGUAUGUGAUCUUUGUGGUACUGAUAGGAGAUACUUGUCUUGACUUGCAUUUUGGUCUCGUGAUGGGACCAGUUCUGUCAUUGCCUGACCACAUUCUUCUCGUCUUCUUUACUGAAGGGACAUAGAUUUGUUUUUCCAGAGUUAGCACAGUUGGAUUUUUUUUGGUGAGGGGAGCAGGGGAGCGCCACAUAGCAUGUUAGGUUUUAGUUCCCUGACCAGGAGUCGAACCCACGCCCCCUUCAGUGGAAGCAUGAGUCUUAACCGUGGGACCACCAGGGAAGUCCCUGUGGAAUGUUUUUAAAUGCAUUUCUCAGGACUUUCCUGGUGGUCCCGUGGUUAAGACCACGCUUCCGCUGCAAGGCUCCUAGUCAGGGAACUAAGAUUGCACAUGCCAUGCAGCAAAAAAAAAAAAAAAAAAAAAAGAAAUGCCUUUCUCAGAUUUUCUCAUAUCUGAUGGUGAAUGGAGCUUAUUGCCAGUAAGGAGGGAGGUGGUUUGGAUUCCUGGAGGGCUGUUGGAAAGGAGAGAAUGUUCUUUACUCUCUCUUAACCAAGUCCCCUAUUCUUUCCUUUGUUUCGCUCUGGAAAUGGGAUGAUAUUCCCUGAGUUAGCUCAUGCAACUUGAGGAUCAUUGAAAUGAAGGUCAUGGUCCCAGUAACACGACCCUCAAAUAUAAAUACACAAUUUCUCACUCUUGUAUUUGAAUGGCAUAUUUGGGGAUUUUCAUGGCUGCAGUAGAUUGCAUGUCUAAAUUUAUUCCAUAAAGCAAAGCCUUAAUUUGGUUAAGAAGCAUUUCAGGGGAGUUUUGUUGUUUGUUUGUUUUUUUUAAGUAGAAGCUAUUAUUUAUUUUUAUUUUGUUUUUGGCCUUGCCACACCUGUUGCAGGAUCUUAGUUCCCCAAUCAGGGAUUGAACUCCUGGCCCGGAACAUCCCCGGCGAUUUAGCUGGAAGACUCUGCACUUCCAAUUCAGGGGGCAUGGGUUCCAUCCUGGCCUGGCUGGAGAGCUCAGAUCCCACAUGCUGUAGCCAAAAAACCCUCCAGGCCCCCUGCAGUGGAAGCACAGAAUCUUAACCACUGGACUGCUGGGCAAUUCUGGGGGAGGUUUUAUAACUCAAGAGUUAGAAUGAUAAAGUUAGUAUGUGGCCAAUUUUUUGUAAUUCCUCAUGUGAUUCAAGAUGCUGUACAUUUCUUCGGUAUUGAGUGGGCUCGUCAGUAUUUGAAUGGUCAAGCUUCUUAAGAGUGUUUUAGACUGUCUUACUAAUGACAUUUUUACUCACUGAGCAAGUUCAUAAUAAAAUAUCUGGGGCUUCCCUGGUGGAUCGGUGGUUAAGAUUUGGCCUGCAAAUGCAGGAGAUGUAGGUUCGAUCCCUGAUCCUGGAGGAUCCCACAUGCCAUGGAACGACUUAGCCCGUGCACCCCAACUACUGAGCCUGUGCUCUAGAGCCCAGGAGCUGCAACUCCGGAAGCCCCAGUGCCCUGGGGCCCACGCUGCACAACAGGAGAAGCCACUUCAGUGAGAAGCCCGUGUCCGCAAGUAGGGAAAAGCCCUCACAGCAACAAAGACCCAGCACAGCCAAAAAUUUAAAAAAUUAUUUUCAAAAAUUAAAAUAAUGCUACUCUAAACAUAGAUUCUCAAAGUCUUGCAGUUUUGUCCAUUCUUGUUUUAAUGUAUUUGGAAACGUGUUAUUAGAUGCAUAAGAAAUUGGGCAUUUUCUUUAUUAAAGGUGAGUUUUCUUUCUAGUCUAUGUUUAACCAUCUUCUGCAACAGUGAUUUUGUUGUUUCUUCAUACAGUAAGGGUGAAAGUUUAUGUGCUUCUUACCAUGAACUAGUAUUUGCAUAUAGUUAGGUUCAGUUCAGUUGCUCAGUCGUGUCCGACUCUUUGUGACCCCAUGAACUGCAGCAUGCCAGGCCUCCCUGUCCAUCACCAACUCCCAGAGUUUACUCAAACUCCUGUCCAUAGAGUCGGUGAUGCCAUCUAACCAUCUCAUCCUGUGUCAUCCUGUUCUUCUCCUGCCUUCAAUCUUUCCCAACAUCAGGGUCUCAUCCUAUUUAUUACGUACCACCACGCCUCUCAUAAACGCUGUAACUUUUUUUAUGAAUGAGAAAACUAAAGCACUGAAGUUAAAAUGGUUAAUGUUAAGCGAUGUCUUUUGAGUUUCAAAGCUACCAAUGUUUUCAUCGUCAAGUUCAGGAUUCAGGACGUGUUAGUUUUCUGUUACUCCUAUUGCUAUGCAUUUAUGUAACUUUAUUUUUUGACUGCACUGUGCAGCAUUGGGGAUCUUAGUUCCCUGAUUGGGUAUCAAACCUGUGCCCCCUCCAAUAGAAGCACAGAUUCUUAACCAAUGGACCACCAGGGAAGUCCCCAAAUUAGAAUUCUUAACACUGAGUUUAAGGAACACAUCAUGGCCCUUCUAUGUACUUUACAAACAUUAACUCGUUUAAUGCUCACCGACAACCCUAUGAAGUGGGUGCUGUUAGUCCCAUUUUUAGAGCAGAGGAAACACACAAAGAGGCCAGGCAAGCUGCCCAAGGUCACA